CCAAACGACAACCCGCGCAUCGUCUGUUACGUACUUUCAGAUGCUUCUGCCACCAACCACCGCGGCCUUGCUCGGCGGCUCGCGCCAUGUACCCGAGGAUGUCAGCAAACACGUUAUUCUGGGGCUGGUCACGCCUAUACUAGGCCACUCUCAAUGAUUCCGCUCCGCGGCUGAGCGAAUUAUUAUGCUUGGCACUCUCAACCAGUUGCUGGGUACAUACGAUCGAAGGAACUUCCAGUCCAGGAUGCGGCAGCUUCCUCAGCUCAGGAACUGGUCCACUCGAUGGCUGUGCUCGAAGGACGCAAGAUGCAUCAGCAUGAGGGGUACCUUGUCAUGUAGCUGUAAUCCUAGUCGGCACAUUUUCUCAUCAAAGUUCGGAACCAAUUCUGGACGCUAUGCUGCGAAGGUCAACUCGUCUGAGUCCAUCGUGAGAUUGAAGACUUAUCAGCAGUAUACCAUCUAUCGGCGGAGCGUGCUACGGCCGAAGCUUCACACUGGUGCUCAUGGCAUCGUCCGCACCGCCGAGUGUGCCUCUCCGAGGCAACGUUCCACUCGCGCCAAGCAGCCUAAUAAACAGAACCAACAGUCUGGGCAUCCGCGCCCUGCCCAGAAGCCUGUAGGAAACAAGCUUCGUGCCGCAAGAUUACGAUGCGCGUCCCGAACAGGAAGGAGAAUCAGCGACGUCCUUCGUCAUCGGGACUAUGGAUGAGCAUACACCACAUUAGACCAUAAUAGCGAGGAUGGCACAGAUCCACCCCAUGACAUCCUAGGUGCUACAAGUACCCCGUUGCCGCAAUGUUUAGACGGCAUCUCCACUUCGGCCUCGCGAUUGGAAGGGUCUUUUGAAAAGCCAUUGUCGCUUACCGUUACUGAAAAGCUUCAAUCGAGUCACGUAGGACGCAAUCAUGGUGCGACACUUUGGUAUUGUAGCCGCAUUGGCUGCAGGAGCUUGCGCAAUCACUCCAAAGUAGGCAGGCUUGCACGCAAUCGACC